AUGUGCCUGGAUGCUUGCAAGAAAAGUUUUAGUUUUUGCAGACCAAUAAUAGGUGUUGAUGGAUGUUUUCUCAAGGGGAAUUAUGGAGGUCAGAUUCUUGCAGCAGUUGGCAGAGACCCUAAUGAUCAGAUGUUGCCCAUUGCAUUGGCUGUAGUAGAAGCUGAGACCAGGGAUUCUUGGGCAUGGUUCUUUGAUCUACUAGUGAAUGAUUUGGGAGGACCAGAAAUAUGCAAGAACAUUACUUUCAUUUCAGAUCAGCAGAAGGGGUUGUUACCUACAAUAGAUGAGUUGUUACCUGGUGUUGACCAGAGGUUUUGUGUUAGACAUUUGUAUAUCAAUUUUAGAAAAAGGUUUCCAGGCAAGCAGUUGAAAGAGUUAAUGUGGAAGGCAGCCAAAGCAACAUAUCCCCAAGCAUGGGAGAGGGAAAUGAAGGAGAUGAGAAAGGUCAAUGAGGAGGCAUUUAAACAUUUGCUGAAGAUCCCCCUAGAUACUGGAGUUAUCAGGAAGGAGAAUUACCAAAAGUGCUAUGAGUCAUUGAUAUAUCCAACAAAUGGAGAAAAUCUGUGGGAAUUGACACCAUAUCCUGAUGUUCUUCCACCCCUAACCAGAAGAGCACCUGGAAGGCCAAAGAAAAGAAGGAACAAAGAUGCUGAUGAAAAAAGGAAGGACAUAACAAAUGUAUCCAGAAAAGGGUUGCCAAACAAAUGCUCAAUUUGUGGCAUUUCUGGCCAUAACAAGUCAUCCUGUCCUUCUGCACCAAGACAAUCAACAACAACUCAGACCCAAACAAGUCAAGCCCAAGCAAGUCAAGCCCAGACACCUACCACUACAGUCCCAACUGUUCAAUCUUAG